AUGGCACAAAUUUGCGAACAUAGAGAAUGGCUUGACAGUGCUACUAGAAAUAAUCAAAUUAUUAAAUAUAAUUAUAAUGCGUUUAAUGAAAUAAAUUCUAUCGGACACGGGUCAUUUGGAAGAGUUUCUAGUGCAAUAUCCUCAAAAUUCAAAAGCAAAGUGGCCUUAAAAUCUGUUAAAAUUAAUUCCGAUUUUACAAUAGAACUACUGGUUAACGAGCUCAAACAGCACAUUCGUCUUGGUUCACAUAAUAAUAUUUUAGAAUUCUAUGGAAUUAUUGAAGAUGAACCAGACAUAUUUAUACUCGUUCUUGAAUAUGCGAACAAUGGUACUCUUAAAGAAUAUCUAUGCAAGAAUUUUUGUGUAUUGAACUGGGAUGAUAAACUUGACCUUGCAAGACAAUUAGUAAAUUCUAUUCAGUUUUUACAUUCGCAUGAUAUAAUUCACAGGGAUUUGCACUCUGAUAAUGUGCUAAUCCAUGAUAAAAUUGUGAAGCUUAGUGAUUUUGGAAAUUCAAAAUUUACUGCAGAUCCAUCAAUUCAACUAACAAAGGGACUUGGGUCGAUGCGUUACUCUGAUCCUGAAUUUGUCAAAAAUUCUCUAAAUUAUAAAAAACCAAUUCAUGGAACACCAAAGGAUUAUGUAAAAAUUUAUGAAGAAUGCUGGAGAUCGAUACCAGACCAACGACCAAAUAUUGAAGAGGUUAAAUCUAAUCUUGCGAAUAUUAAUAUAGAUAAUGUAAUAUCUAUUGAGAAAAUUGAAAUUAAUGAAAAACCAGAUAUCAGCAUUCUUCAAGGACUAGCUAACAGGAUUAAUCUUCAGGGACUAACUAAUGGAAUUGAUCUUCAAGGACUAACUAAUGGAGUUGAUGCUGAUUCUGAAAUUUUCCAUGAAUUAUAUGAAGUUUUAAGUUCAACAUCAGAUAUUGAUGAAGAAUACAUAGAUAACAACAUUGAAGAUUCUGAUAAACAGAUUUUACGACAACUAGUGCAACUUUUUUCAAAUUAUAUAAAUGUUCCUGAA